AUGUCCUACUUGUGCCUUGGCCCGAUGAGUGCAGGAAAGACACUCCUACUGACAUGCUUGCAGAAACCAGAAUCAGUUAACUUUACAUCCCAUUCCGUGCCAAGUGUGGGAACCAAUUUGUACACCAUUAAAAUACCACCGUUUGUGAUCGACGAGAAGGAUGUAAACCAGAAGAUUCCCCCGCCUGGCAAACGUAAAGAACUGGUGCAGGUGCGAGAGGUCGGUGGCUGCCUAGCACCCAUGUGGCGUGACUAUCUCCUGAAUCCCGUGGAUAAGCUUAUUUAUGUGGUGGAUACUUCAAAUCUUUGCCAAAUUUCCGCUGCCGGUGUUCUACUCUACUCAAUGCUAGCUGAGCCAAGGUUAAAGAAAACCAAAUUUUUGCUUGUACUUUCCAAGAUGGAUCUCGCAUAUCGUCAAAUGAGAAACGAGGCGUUGCUGAUGCUGCAGAUGGAAAAGUUCAAAAAGCAAAUACCACAGAUGAUAACCAUAGUGCAGUUCAGCGCCAUCACCAAGGAAGGCAUUGAUGAAAUCUACGAUUGGUUAGCGAUGAAUUAG